AUGGCGUCAUUAGCGGGCGCGGUCCUACUCCUUUCGGCCACGACCAGCGCCGUCGUGAAUAACGGAAACGAAGCGCAGCGACGGGAAGCACCGCUGGCGGACUCAUACGGACCACCUCCGGCGACGGGACCAGAGCUACCGGUGCCGGUCUACGGAACACCCGCGGUCGCUCACUAUCCUGCGCCACCGCCCGACGUGCCUCCACCGCCCGUGCCACACAAAGAGUACGGAGUUCCGGUGCAGAACUAUGGACCGCCGAAUGUGAACAUCGAGUAUGGACCUCCGCCACCCAAGCCGGUCUUCUAUCCGCACCACAAACCGGUGCACCAGUUCCACGGUGGACCGCCACCACAUCCGAAAAAAUCGUCCUCCUUCCUGGAGCAACUCUUCUCGACGUUCGGAUUUGGCGGAGGCAGCGAUGACAGCGCGCCCCAUCCUCAUCAUCAUCACGCCCCGAAACCGGUGUACGGACCACCGCCUCACCUCGGCCCGGCCUACGGUCCCCCGCCGCCACCGGCUCCGAAACCUGUCUACGGACCACCGGUUCCGGCUCCACAACCCCUUUACGGGCCACCUCCCGGGCCUGCUCCGCUCUACGGCCCACCGAAACCGGGCUACGGUCCGCCACCCGGUCCGGUUCAGUCGGGCUUCUCGAUCCAAUCGGCCCAAUCGGCGUUCGGCCACCAGCACCACCACCACUCGGCCUCGGUCCAUGCUCCACCGACUCCUCCGGAGAUCAAGUGUGACGGAUGGAAGCCCAUCGCGGGGCCCGUGGUCCAGCCUGAAGUGCAUGCCCCCGAGUCCUCGUACGGCCCGCCACCGAGCGGUGACUUUUUGGGCAAUCAUCAGCACGCAUCGGCCGUCGAUUCCGGUGACAUCGGUCUGCAGCUGCCGAAGCUCGAACACGGGGCCGCUUUUAACGCACACUCCGAGCCCCCGUUGGGCCUCGAGCUGCCCAAACUGGCGAACAAUGAGAUUCACUCGAACUUCGUCUCGGACUCGUACGGAGUGCCCCCGAGCGACGGCUUCGGUCCGGCCAAGUACUUGCCGCCGUUCCCCAAGCCCCCGCUAGGUCCUCCGCCACCGCAGAAGCUACACUUUGGUCCUCCGCCCGGCCCACACUAUGGUCCGCCGAUGCGUCACUCGGGUCUUGCCAUCUCGCACGGGAGCAUCAGUGGAAACCUGAAGCCCUGGCCAGUGUCUGGUUCACCCCCGCGCCACCCGAUUGCCUAUCGGCCGCCGGUGCCACAGGGACUGAUUGAAUCCAUUGGCCACGCCGUCGAGCAUGAGGAGAACUUCGGCACCAAACCGGCCUACUCCGGGAACGUCUAUCUGCCGCCGCCAACUCGUGAUGUCGGGCAUGCCGAAAGCCUGGAACUCAAUGCGUUGCCCUCGGAGCAGCCAGCGAAACCGUUCCUCACCCAGCACCACCUGUCGGUCGAGCCACGGUACCAGCCACACGACAUAGUAUCGGACUGCGGACACGGACCGACAUCCGUCGACGUGCAGCCAUCGCUCCAAACGAGCCAACUCUCGAUCGUUGGACCCUCGGCCAGCUAUUCGGCCGACUACAGCAACUCGAUAGAGGGUGGCCACUAUGACACUUCCGCCUCCGAGGGACACCUGCAGGCCUCCCAGCUGCCCGGACUGGACGGUGGCCUCGGUGGCGGCCUGGAACUGAUCUCGGCGCAAAAGUCACAAAGUCUCACCAUUCCGGUGCAGGGACAGCACGGCUCGUACCAGCUUCAGUUCCAGGGCGCCGGAUCGGCGCCGCACGAACAAAUCCUCUCCGAAGGACUCCUGCAGUCGAUUCUGAGUGCAAUCGAGCAGCCGCAGCACCAACGGGCCGCGUCGCAUCAGCAGGAUGCGUACGAUCCCAACAUUGACCAUAGCGAAGUGUCCGUGUUUCUCAAGAGUCCCGAGGGCCAGCAAACGCUGCGGGAUCACCCGAACGGACACGUCGGUCACGAGCGAUAG